AUGAGUCGUUCACCUUUAAAAAGUCCAGCACGGAAGAAAAUCGCCGGCAUACCAAGCUUGGUGCGGGACAAAUCUUCGUCACCGUACAAGCUACGUGACACGUCCAAACUCCCUUCCCGAUAUCGAGAUGAGGAAAUAGACGUCCCACCACUGAGGAGUCGAACUCCAGUAAAACCACGAACACCGCUAAAGAACACUCUUUUGUUUUGUUUCAGUCAUAGGUCGCAAAAUGAGAUUGGGUCUGAGCUUCAGUGUAGCUUGCGACGUGCCAUAAGUCAACCACACAUUUCUUUUCAGGCUCGUCAAUGGGUUAUUUGUGAAUUUUUUUAUUCUGGCGUCGACGAGCAACUUUUUCUUGGUGACAAUGAAUUCAGGCAACUAAUCAGAGAAGCGUUUCCAAAUUUGAAGACUACUCUUAUGAACAAGCAGGAAUGGCGUGUUAUACGACGUCUACUGGGUAAGCCUCGGAGGUGUUCGACAACAUUCUUUGAUGAGGAGCGACAAAUUUUGGAUCAGAGACGACGAAAAGUACGUGGGAUUUAUGACGGUUCCUACACAGUCUCGGGGAACUGUGAUCUUAGUGACAUGCCUCCGAAUCUUCCUGCUCCUCUAGUUGUUGGUAUGAAAGUCUACGCUCGAGUUCGUACGCCAAAAGAUGGCAUAUAUGGUGGAACUAUUGAUGCACUCGUCCCUGGUGGUGGUGGAUAUCGGGUUGUAUUUGAUAAGGAAGAUAUGAUCCCACCAGCAUUUGUGCCAGAUAGUGAAGUAAUGUUUGAUGGAUCCCUCCAACUUCUUUCGUUAUCUUACUUUUUACAACAAAACCAUGCUCGGUUACCCGUAACACUAAGCUCAUUUGUUUUUUCUACCGAAUCAAACGAAAAGGUUGGAAAUUUCCCUGUACGGAUGCUUGUAAUUCUUGUCAAAGUGGCGAAACUUUUGGAGAUCAAGAAGAAGCUGGUGAAAACACUGACAGAACUUAAUGAUGAGGCUGAAAGAGAAAGUAUACUUACUGAUGUGUAUACCUCUGUGUUCCAAGAGCGAUACGCGAGAACAGUCGUUGAUCUAGAGACAAUAAAUCGGCAAGUUAAUAUUUACCUUAGUGGAAUUCAGGACUACAACACCCAACUACUUCCACAAUUAAGCGAGGUCAGUAUAAGUGCUCGUCCUGAAGCACUUCGUCGUAUGUGCACCUCACAUGCUAAUCAGAUUGUAAAACACUGCAACCAGGGCUUAAAUGUUACUAAUACGAAAGCAUUAAGACUCAUCACGGCCUUAACCUCUCUUUUAUUACAGAUCCGCUCACUAGGACAACAGAAAAUGUCUCCCAUGGAUCUCACAGCACUAAAUGAUUCUGUCAAUGAAAUUCAUCAAAUGAUCUCGCCGAGAAACUAUAACUGCUUCCAGGAUCAUGUAGAAGUACAUAUGAGACAAGUGCACAAUGUAAUGCUCAAAAGUGGAGCCAUUUUAACGUAA